GUGCAGCACGGUAGAAAAUUCGUUGCUGAUUACUGUACUCGGAGUUAUCUCGACUUCGUUUUUUAUCCGAGAAAUGUUCAGCGGAUACUGUCCGCAGCGUUUUGGUCGUGAGCCAACGCCCGCUGAAUGCUAUCCACAGCAAGGAAUGAUGUUUCGAAGUGAUCAGCCACUGCCGCCGUAUUCAUGCGGGACUAUCCCGGAUUUUUACUUGGAAAGUGCCAGUUUUGGCUCCAGACCUCCAUUUUUCCCUCAACAUAACACGCAAUCAGAAUACUUCAAUGCUUAUAGACCGGCACCGCUUCAUUUCCAGUUUCCACAAAAAUCCACGGCGACCGUAAUCCGUUGCGAGUGGAUAAACGAGACGGGUAAAGAAUGCGGGAUGAUGUUCGCAACCUCAUCGCAGGUGGCAGCUCACGUCUCACAACAUCAUAUUGGCCUUAUUGAGUCGUCUUCCCACGUCUGUUUGUGGAGAAACUGUGAUCGAGUCGGAAAGCCUUUCAAAGCUAAAUAUAAACUUGUUAACCAUAUCCGAGUACAUACUGGUGAGAAGCCGUUUCGCUGCGAACAAUGUAAUCGAGAAUUUGCCAGGAGUGAAAAUUUGAAAAUUCACGUACGAACGCACACAAAAGAGAAACCAUUUCCUUGUCCUCAUGCUGGUUGUGAUAAGACAUUCGCGAAUUCGUCAGAUCGAAAGAAACACAUGCAUGUUCAUACUUCUGAGAAGCCCUAUGAGUGCAAGAUAAAGGGAUGCAAGAAAGUCUACAGCCAUCCUAGUUCGUUGAGGAAACAUAUGAAGGCUCAUGAAAAGAACUGUCUUACUCCGGAGCUCGACGAGAGCAGCGAUUCUGGACAUGCAAGCACCGGUACGCCAGGUGACCCGUUCUCAAAUCUGAAGCCUGAUCUCAGUGAAAUACCGCUACAGUUUCCCUCCAGCGCACCGCUGAUUCGUCCUCCGUCCUACGGUCCGCCUUCUCACUAUCCACCGUCUCAUCAUCCUGCAGCCAUGUUUUCAACAGAAAUCUACCACCAGUUUCAUUAGUGAUAUCAUAGAGUUAGCCUGCAAGCCUUAUCAGAAUAUGACAGUAUUCACUUAGCAACUAGAUGCAGGUAGAAUUAAGGGGUGAGAAGACAAAUAAUCAAAGUACUGUAAAAAGACACUUAGGUCGGAACUCGUCGCAGUUGUCGAAG